AUGUUGGGCCCUGUAGUCUCAUUGAGCCCAGGUGCAUGCCGGGCCUCGUAGUCCCCAUGGCGCUGCGUUCUGCUCUGUGUGACGCGCUGGUUGCCGGCGAGGGUAGUGGGCGUGGCGCGAGCCGCUGCAGGGUCGGCCCUCGUGCAGGUCAGUGAUGGGCGGUUAAGCCGGCCCCUGUCUGCGCCCCACUGGUUGCCGGCCGGCGAGAGGGUUCCGGGGCGGAGUUUGUUCUUCUCACGCCCGUCCCGGUCCCUCGCGGCAAGUUCGCUCCCGGCGUCCGCGGAGCAGCUGGGGGAAAUGCCCGAAGCUGCCCGGUUUGAAGCCAGCAGCGGGGACGAGGCCGAGAGCCCCAUGGAGAGCGGGACCGCCCCGGAGAGCAGCAGGCGGAGAAGGCACAAGAAAGAUAAAAAAGAGAGAGAGUCUAAACACCAUGAUAAAUCCAAGAAGAGGAAAUCCCAAACAGAGGAAAAUGGGCUGUUUGAAGAUGACCUUGAACCUCCCAAACUCAAAAAGAUGAAGGGGAGAGAGAGAGUGAAUGGAGAUACUGGGGAAGGAAGCCCAGAGCACAAGAAGAAAUUCUCCUCCCUAAGUAAUGAAGUCACCCCCAAAAAAACACAAUGUAAUUUCAGAGAAGCAUCAAGUGGAGAGUGUGACAGCGAACAAGAGCAGGAACUGACUGUAGAGCAGAAGGAAGGUGCUUUCUCCAAUUUUUGUAUUUCCAAAGGGACUAUUGAACUUCUUCGAGCUCGAGGUGUAACAUACCUGUUUCCUGUGCAAGUAAAGACCUUCAAGCACAUAUAUGAUGGCAAAGAUGUUGUAGCUCAAGCUCGAACUGGAACUGGAAAAACAUUCUCUUUUGCCAUUCCCUUGAUUGAAAAGCUUCAGGGAGAAAUGCAAGAGAGGAAAAGAGGCCGCACACCAAAGGUGUUAGCUCUUACUCCCACUAGAGAGUUGGCAAACCAGGUAGCCAAAGACUUCAAAGACAUCACAAAGACACUCUCAGUGGCUUGUUUUUAUGGAGGAACUGCAUACAAUGGACAAAUUGAUCUAAUUCGAAGUGGUAUUGACAUCUUGGUUGGGACCCCAGGUCGAAUCAAAGACCACCUUCAGAAUGACAAGCUGGAUCUUUCCAAACUCAAGCAUGUUGUCCUGGAUGAAGUUGACCAGAUGUUGGACAUGGGCUUUGCUGAACAAGUGGAGGACAUUUUACGAGUUGCGUACAAGAAGGAUUCUGAAGACAAUCCCCAGACCUUGUUGUUUUCUGCAACUUGCCCACAUUGGGUAUAUGAUGUGGCUAAGAAAUACAUGAAAUCCAGAUACGAACAGGUUGACCUCAUCGGGAAGAGGACUCAAAAAGCUGCUGUGACUGUAGAACAUUUGGCUAUAGAGUGUCACUGGUCUCAAAAAGCAGCGGUUAUUGGAGAUGUCAUUCAGGUUUACAGUGGCAGUCAUGGACGGACCAUAGUCUUUUGUGAGACCAAAAAGGAGGCAAAUGAACUAGCCCUGAAUACUUCUAUUAAACAGGAUUGCCAAUCACUGCAUGGUGACAUUCCUCAGAAACAAAGGGAGAUAACGUUGAAAGGUUUUAGAAAUGGAGUGUUUAAAGUUCUGGUUGCAACUAAUGUAGCUGCCCGUGGUUUAGAUAUCCCUGAAGUUGACCUAGUUGUACAAAGUUCACCACCGAAGGAUGUGGAGUCGUAUAUUCAUCGUUCUGGGCGCACAGGCCGAGCUGGACGGACUGGGAUGUGUAUCUGUUUUUAUCAGCGAAAGGAAGAAAGUCAGCUAAGACAUGUGGAACAAAAAGCAGGAAUUACAUUUAAGCGUGUAGGUGUUCCUACUGCAACAGAUAUAAUAAAGGCUUCCAGCAAAGAUGCCAUCAGGUGUUUGGAUUCUGUUCCUCAAACUGCCAUUGACUAUUUCAAACAAUCAGCUCAGCGGCUGAUAGAGGAAAAGGGGGCAGUGGAAGCUCUGGCUGCAGCACUAGCCCAUAUUUCUGGGGCUACUUCCAUUGAACAGCGUUCCUUGCUCAACUCAGAUGUGGGAUUUGUAACAAUGACAUUGCAAUGCUCAGAAGAGAUAAACAACAUAAGCUAUGCCUGGCGAGGACUAAGAGAACAGCUGGGUGAUGAAAUUGAUAGGAAAGUGAACAGAAUGUGUCUUCUCAAGGGAAAAAUGGGUGUGUGUUUUGAUAUUCCUGCAGUGGAUCUUAGACAAAUACAGGGAAAAUGGCAGGAUUCAAAACGCUGGCAUCUGACUGUGGCAACUCAAUUACCUGAGUUGGCAGAAACCCAACGAGAAGGAGGCAGAGGCUUCUACGACUCCAGGAAUGGGAGGCGAGGUGGCAGCUUUAAUUGAUUGCUAGCUCUAACAAUAAAAUUUGCAGAAAUGGGACUAAAAUAUUUUUAGCCACAUUAAAAAAUGUCAUGUUCAUUAUAUGUUUGUGCCACUUACAAAAUCUGUCAUUCAAAAUUUGUUUUUCCAGUAUUGCUAGGGAUGGCUGUAUACAGGACCAAUUCAGAGAACAACAGUUUAAUGUAUAAAAAAAAUAUGCCUUAUCUUCCCCACAGCUACGUCUAAAGAAUAUUCAUCAGCCACCUCCACAGAGCCUUGUUUCAGGAUGUGUCUUUUGCAAUCAGAAAUCUGACUUGGGCUUACUACACAGUAUAUAUCAAAAUCUCCAUUUGAAUUGGUCUCCAGUGGAGACUGAAACCUGUCCAUUUUCCAAAAUAAUUAAAAUACUAUUUCUACAUGGUCAUUUGUACAUAGUGAAGUGAUUGUUGGAUGAAUGGUAUAUGUUGCUUCAGUUAGGGGGAGAGAGUGGGAUGUAACAUUGAUUCAGUUCCCGUACACAUGCACUAUGAUAAAUGCAAUCAUGUCACUAAAUAUUAUUUUUUUUUCCACGGGGCCCCUGCCUCAAUCAGUAUAAAAAAUUGUUGCUCUACUGGACAUGAAUCAGGGUUAUGUAGUGAGUGAAGCUGUUGUCUGUAGGCCUCUUGCCUCAUUUAUGGUAGAAGUCAAAAUAUACAUAGUAAAUGAAGCAAGGGAUUGCAGGAAAAGAGGAGUGUCUCAUGAUUGAGACAGUUGAAUGCUGCUCUGGCUAACUAUUUUAUUCUCUGCUAUAGAAUUCAUCUAUGAUGGGCAAGUCGUUUACAUUUUCACAGCUGGUCACUGAUUGUGUUCCUCAUGUUCUGGCUUUUGAUGAGAAGCAUGGGGCUAGAUUUGCAGAAGUGCUGAGAGCUCACAGCUGUAACUAAAGUCAAUUAGUGUUGUAAAAGUGCAAAGAACUAUGAAAAAAUCAGGCCCUGCUCUCUCAAGUUAGCCACCCAAACUUAGUGGGCACUUGGUAAUUUUGGCCUUAUUCUCUCCUCAGUUUCCCAUCAGUAAAAUGGUGGUAAAUACCAUCACCUGCUUUCACAGGUAUUGUGAAGAACAAAUUAAUUGUUUAUGAAGUAUUUUGAUACUAUGAUAUGAGCACUAUAGAAAUGCCCAAGAAGAAAGGAAUAUUUUUUGAGUUCUUGCAUAUGCCCAGUUAACUGUAGGUGUGUAUGUACCUGUGCAUGGACAGUGGAGAAAUUUUAUCCCUAGUCAUAGGCCUCAGGUAGCCUCCUCUGUGGUAGCCUUCUUGACGCUCAUCUCAUUUCCCUCACAUCUAGUGAGUAGGAUUUUGAACAGAAUAGUUUCUGCCCUGUCAUCCUGACCAUAUUACCCCUUUCCUUAAAUCCCUCCACUAGCUUCUACUUCUUUAUCACAUCAAAUAUAAGUGUCUGGUCCAUACCUGUAAGGCCCUUUCUAACUCAGUCCAGCCCUCCUUUUCUACUUUCAGUCUGCUCUGCCAAUAAUGCUGUUCUCCAAUGGUUACUUGUCUGCUUUUUCCAAAUGACUUCCUUUUACGUGGAACACCCUUUCUGAACUUGUCAGUAAACCCAAGACCCUGUUCUUCAAAUCCUUCUUCAAGAUCCGGUUAUCUUGUGAUACUUAUGGGAAACUGCCAAAUGCUAAUGACUAGGUAGAUGAGUUUUACCUAUCUUAUAUUUUUUGUAUUUUUAUAAUAAAGUAAAUGGACCAACUUGGAACCAUGUAUCUGCAUGUAUAGCUGGCUUAUAUCAAUGUACAUUCUUGUUAGUUUUCC